AUAUUGGUACGUUUCACAUUGUAUAAUGUUACGUAUACGCCAUGGCUUCGUUUAAAUGUUGUAAUAAAACAUAUGGAAUUGUACAUAGCAACCAACGCACCUAUACGGCAUCCUACCAAAUUUAUUGAUCUAGCAAGGGAAGCAAAUUACAUGCAAUGUUAGAUACAGUUUAGUGCAGCUGCUCGGAGCUUCAAUACUUUUUUACAGAGGAUAUUUUAUUUUAUUUGCGAAAUACGUACAUAUACAAUAUAUGUAUGUACAUAUAUGCGUUCAACGCAUUGCAUUGCAUUUGCAUUAAAACGGACGAAUUCAAAGUGAAACAAGAAAUGAGUUUAAAGAAAAUCUACCUUCGUUAUUAUCCACCAGGUUUAGCUCUCAAUUGCUGUACUCCCGAUGGUCAAGAAAUGCUUUAUCACAUCGAUUUGCUGGAAUUAAAACCGAACAUACGAUUGGAAUAUGUUAUCAAAAGCAUUUCUAGCCAACUGAUAAACUCAGAACAAGCCUACGCAUCAGCACUCGAUUGCGCAACUAACACCAGCGGCAACCUUACUAAUAUAAUAGAAACAAAAUCCACUAAACCCAAGCCACUUCAAACUGCCAAUAGCAGCACAGCUGAGACGGUUUUUCUGCAACAAAUAAUUAACAAUUAUGUCGACCCCCUGCGGCAGGCAAUUACAAAAUUGCAACGAAAGUUGUUGGAACCCACACAGAAGAAAUUCUAUUUGCAUCGUCGUGUCGGCCACCUGUUGCCGCUGACUAACGUCUGCUUCGACAGGAGCGGUACGCGCUGCUUGACCGGCAGUUAUGAUCGUACCUGUCGCAUAAUUAACACAGACGACUCGGGCGAAGAGCAACUGUUAAAGGGGCAUGAUAAUGUUGUAUUCUCAGUUGCCUUCAACCAACCAAAAUGCGACAAAGUGGUCACUGGCUCUUUUGAUGGUACGGCCAGAGUAUGGCAUACUUCAAAUGGUCAAUCAGUAUGUACGCUGUACGGACACACUGCCGAACUGGUAAUGGCUGAAUUUGACCCCAUACAAUCGACCAUGGUAGCUACCGCUUCAAUGGAUGGCAGCGCGCGCUUAUUCGACAUAGAAACAGCCUUUGAGCUGCACGUCCUCAACCAUCAUGGUGCCGAAGUGAUAGCGAGUCGCUUUAGUCGCUGUGGCACUAUGCUGCUAACAGCUUCUUUCGAUGGCACUGCGGCCAUUUGGGAUAUACGACAGGGUUGCCUCAUCUCGCAAUUGCGUGGGCACACCGCUGAGCUUAGCAAUUGCAUAUGGAAUUUCGCUUGUAAUCGCAUUGCUACUUCUUCGCUGGACAGCACAGCGCCUUGGGAUAUCCGUAAGCUCGAUGUGCCACUUUAACAUACCGGACAUCGCGAGGAGGUGCUUGAUGUUUGCUUUGACUCUACUGGCUGCCGGUUGGCCACUUGUAGCAGUGAUUGUACAGCACGCGUGUGGAAUGUGCGUGGCGAAUUGGAGCAGCUAUCGGUUAUGGAGGGUCAUAAAGAUGAGGUUUCCAAGGUUUGUUUCAGUCCGCCAGGCGCUCUGCUAAUGACCGCCUCGGCUGAUCAUACGGCGCGCUUGUGGCUUACUGAGACAGGUCAAUGUUCGCAAGUCUUGAGUGGCCACGAUUCUGAAGUGUUUUCUUGCGCCUUCAGCUAUGCGGGUGAUAUAAUUGUAACGGCAUCUAAGGACAACACUUGCCGCUUAUGGAGAUGAUAUGACUGGUAUACGGUUGGAUUCAGUGAUAUGGAUUAAAGCGAAGUUAAGAUUAUCAGCAACAUAUGUACAUAUCUUAGUAGAGGGAGGCGCCUUUUUCUGUAGUAUUGCGUUAAUGUUUUAUAGCAGGGACCGAAAAUAAUGAUUAUUUCAAAAAUUUCGUUAUAUAUUCGAUAUAUAUAUAUAAAUUAUAUCUACGAAUUACAUUUCGAUUUUAAAUUAAUCGCUCAAAAAAACAUCAUAUAUCGAGUUAUAUCUUUUUGAUCAAAAAUAGAACUCAUUUUUGGAGUGUUAUUUUUUUGCUCUGAAG